GGGCUGUGUGUGUUCCUGUGGCCCUCCAUGGAAAAACUUUGUGCUCGGGAGAGAAAGUGCUAGGAUUUGAACCCCCAAAGCGUGAUGUGAAUGUUGGCACUGCUCAACCAAAGACCUGGAGCUGUGAGGGCCAUCCCGACCCCUGGGCAAUAAAGUGUGCGGAUGAGGGUUUGCUUAUAGAGAAACCUGAUUUUGGAGUGAGCUUUGGUGAAGCUGCAGAGGGAUUUUUGGGGGUGGAGGACACGAACUGGCUGUGUUUGCCUCGGGGAUGCACAGCAGGAGCUCCUCAGGCUGGCACCAGGGGUUAACGAGGGGCAGGGGUGCCAAGGACACCGCGUCAGGAGGUGCUGCUGGCAGCAGGGCUGCCUGGGCACUGGGACAAUUUUCCAGUGGGAAGUGAUGGAGCAGUUCCUGUGAGGGAAUUGAGAAGCUCACUGGGCACUAUUUAUUCACAGACACAUCUGCAAACUCAGGCUCCUCCUGGUCCGACGUGGUGGGAGGUGAUUCCCUGUGCUGCUGCUGCCCUUGGGGUGUCUGCCCCUCAAUUUCUGGCUCUGUGUGAGGCAGGCAGGUCACUUCCCUUGGGAUUGCUCCAGACAGAGCAGCUUGGACUGAGCUCAGCCUUUCCCUAGAUUCCAAAAUGAGUUCCAUGCUGAGCUCUGCCCUGCGGAACCUGCCGGUGUCCUCAGCCUGGGCUGCCGGGGCCUUUGCUCGGUCGUUCAGCUGCUCCUCGCAGUUACAGGCCCCAUCCCUGGAACCCAAGACUAAGAAGAGCUUGGGCAAAACUGGGGUGAAGAAUGUGGUGGUGGUGGAGGGUGUCCGCAUUCCCUUUCUGCAGUCUGGCACCUCGUAUGCUGAUCUGAUGCCACAUGACUUAGCCAGAGCAGCACUGCAGGGCCUGCUGACCCGGACCAGUGUCCCAAGGGAUGUUGUUGAUUACAUUGUUUAUGGCACAGUUAUCCAGGAGGUGAAAACCAGUAAUGUUGCCAGAGAGGCUGCCUUGGGAGCAGGGUUCUCCGACAAAACUCCUGCCCACACUGUCACCAUGGCCUGCAUUUCCUCAAACCAGGCCAUGACCACAGGCGUGGGGAUGAUUGCUGCUGGCCAGUGUGACGUGGUGGUGGCCGGCGGCGUGGAGCUCAUGUCCGACGUCCCCAUCCGCCACAGCAGGAAGAUGAGGAAGACCAUGCUGACCCUGAACAGAGCCAAGACCCUGGGCCAGAAGCUCUCCCUCAUUUCCAAAAUUCGCCCUGACUACUUUACUCCAGAGCUCCCAGCUGUGGCAGAAUUCUCCACCAGUGAGACCAUGGGGCACUCUGCUGACCGCCUGGCCGCUGCCUUCGGCGUGUCCCGCCUGGAGCAGGACGAGUACGCCCUGCGCUCCCACACGCUGGCCAAGAAAGCCCAAGAUGAGGGGCUGCUGCAGGAUGUGGUGCCCUUCAAAGUGCCAGGCAAAGACACAGUUACCAAGGAUAACGGGAUCCGGCCAUCCUCCUUGGAGCAGAUGGGAAAACUGAAGCCAGCAUUUGUCAAACCCUAUGGAACAGUCACAGCAGCCAAUUCCUCCUUCCUGACGGACGGAGCCUCGGCGAUGCUGAUCAUGUCUGAGGAGAAGGCCCUGGCCAUGGGAUACAAACCAAAAGCCUACCUGAGGGAUUUCGUGUACGUGUCCCAGGAUCCCAAGGACCAGCUGCUGCUGGGCCCCACCUAUGCCACUCCCAAAGUGCUGGAGAAGGCCGGGCUCACCCUGGGUGACAUCGAUGUCUUUGAGUUCCACGAGGCUUUUGCUGGGCAGAUCCUGGCUAACCUGAAAGCCAUGGACUCGGAUUGGUUUGCACAGAACUACAUGGGCAGGAAGUCAAAGGUUGGAGCCCCUCCCCUGGACAAGUUCAACACCUGGGGGGGCUCCCUGUCCCUGGGCCACCCCUUUGGGGCCACCGGCUGCCGCCUGGUGAUCACUGCUGCCCACAGGCUGAAGAAGGAGGGGGGACAGUACGGCCUGGUGGCUGCCUGUGCUGCAGGAGGGCAGGGACAUGCAAUGGUCGUGGAGCUCUACCCCCAGUAACAGCACUGGGACAGUUGUGCCUCAUCUUGUGCCUGGUGAUGCCAUUUCAAUGCACUAAUAAAUCCUACACCCAAUCCUUCUUGGAGAGGGCAUUUGUGGCCUUUAUCAAUCCCUUUUAGCUACUCAGCCAGUAAUUUUUAUCUAAUGAGCACGCUCUAUUCCACUUCCAGAAGAGGAACACUUAACCUGGCUCUGAGUCUCUGCAGGCUCCUUGUCACUGUCUGAUCCCUCUGGUAACUCUUCAGGAUUUCUCCCACGGGGGAGGAAAAAUUAUUCCAAAGCUCUCUAUGGGCAAUAAAGUUUGGAGAUCAGGAGAAGGUGAAGCAGUGGAAGUGGAUGGGCUGAGAGGGGGGGUAAUGCUGUGGGGAGGAGCAGAUUUUUGGGGCAGCAGGUUCAGUGCCAGGGGCUGAGCUGGGAUCUGAGGGGGCAGUUUGCUCCAUGCUGUCCAAACGCUGUUGGAAUGAGCAAAUUGCAUCUGACAAAUGAAUGUCACUGAUGGAACUGCAAUAAAUUCAGACAAAACCCAGUCUCGCUGUUUUAUUUCCCUCUGUUCACCUGAAAAGCUUUGGGGACUCUGCUGUGAGCUGGUACCAGGUGUUGGCUCUCUGAAAUCAUGGAAUGACAACUGCUGUGA